AUGUCUUCAUUGCAACAACCAAUACCCCCAAACUCAACGCUUGCGACAACGGCGAGCUCCAACCAAAGUGGCUCUAACGAUUUUGUCAAGAAAUUGUUUCUAAUGCUACAGGAAGAUAGUUAUAAAGAAGUUGUACGAUGGACUGCCAAAGGUGAUAGCUUUGUAGUUCUUAACACCAACGAGUUUACCAAGGAUAUACUACCAAAGCAUUUCAAACAUUCAAACUUUGCCAGUUUUGUGCGCCAAUUGAACAAGUAUGAUUUCCAUAAAGUAAAGAUCUCAAACGAAGCAAAGGCCACCUACCCAUAUGGGGAAGAUGCUUGGGAAUUCAAACACCCUGAAUUUAGAAUAAAUGAUGCCGAUGCAUUGGAAAAUAUCAAAAGGAAAGGACCAACAUCGAAAAAGGCCGCCUCUUCAAAUGUUACCAUCAAAACAGAAGCAAAUAAUAACGGAACCCAGCCUACGUGCAAUCACAAUUAUUCGCAACUCGUUUCAACAACAAAUCAUUUAAAGGAACAAGUUGAAAGUCUAAAGAAAGAUAAGCAUAGCUUGUACCAAGAGAUUAGUGUGUUGGAGAGAAAAUACAAAACAGUGGUUGAAAACAUUGUUGCAAUCAAUACAUUCAAUGAAAGGUAUUACAGUUCGAUGAACGUAUUGAUGAAUUCCCUAGUACAAAACGGAAUGAAGUUGCCUCCCUUGGAUUUCCCGCCUCCAGUCCAGUUGGGCCCUGACUCUGGGAUAGGUAGUAAUUUAGGUCCAUUAUCAUCGGACACAUCAUUACCCAGUAUAUCUCAUCAUCUUCAGUCACCUUUGCUGCAUCAUCAACAAUUAUUGAAUCGAACCAUACGUCCAAUUUCGAAUCCUAUAGACGGAAUACCUUUGGGCAAACCUCAAGUUCAGCAGCAACAACUGCCACUUGGACAGAAUCUUCCGGCACCAAUUGCAACACCAUCAGCAGUCCCUUUCCUGGAAGGGUCAUCCUCAAGUAUUCAAGCCCCGACCCCAGGACAGUUGCCACACCCAGUUGCUCAACCGCCACCGCCACCACCAGCACCACUACCACAGCAACAGCCAUUAGCACCAGCACCGCCGCCAACAGCAACAGCAGCAUCUACAUCACAAAUCCCUACUGCACCUGCACCUCCAACGCAGCAACAAGUAGGGACAAGCUCUUCGAGUAUUCCUACAAUAUCACCCAAAUCCCAAGGAAUCGUCGUUAGUAACUCUGCUUCUCCAAAUGCGUCGUCCCAGAUCAAUACGAUUAGUGUGCCCAAUCCAAAGUUUCAUGUUUUACUAGUGGAAGAUGAUAAUGUUUGCAUUCAAUUGUGUCGCAAGUUUCUCGUAAAGUAUGGAUGUCUGGUUACUGUUGUAACCGAUGGUUUGAAUGCUAUAUCAACAGUGGAGCACACCAAGUAUGAUUUGGUGUUGAUGGAUAUUGUUAUGCCAAAUCUAGAUGGAGCAACUGCCACAAGUGUGAUUCGUUCUUUCGAUACAAAAACCCCAAUCAUUGCAAUGACGGGAAAUAUAGAGGAUAACGAUUUGGUAACAUAUUUGCAGAAUGGGAUGUCGGAUAUUUUGGCCAAGCCAUUUACGAAGGAUGAUUUAUAUGCUAUGUUGUCGAAGCAUUUAUUAGAUCCUAAAGAAAAUAAACAAGAUAAUGAACCUACGGUGAAGAAACAGAAGUUGAAUUAA